CAACAAAAUUUUUCAUAUUUACCUACUGUAUGACAUUUCAUACUCGAACUACAUUUCAACAACCAAAAUACUCAAAAUUUUUCGAAAAUUUCUUUUUCAUAAUAUUCAGUUUUCUUGCGAAAAAAUCGGUGGAGGAAGCAAAUCGUUUCACCGCAAAUAGUGGAAAUUAUACAUAUACAUAUAUUUUUUUUAUUGGAAAGCAAUUAUUUUGCGCGAAAAAAAAUCCAAAUAUAUUUUUAUACUUAAUUAUUGUUGAAAACGACGUUACGCAUUCAUGACGUGCGACUGGUGCCCGCAGAAGUGUACAGAACAGUUUCCGGCAUGCUUUCAGCGCUACCGUGGCUCUACGGACAAAAAGAAUCCCGGCAAUAUUCAUGAACUUCACAUACUGGCGCAACGUAUUAAACCGAAAUAUUACGAUGGCAUCGAAUUGGAUUACGCACAUCGACUUGCGGCUAACAAGAAUAUUACCUGCAAUUGGGUAUGGAGUCACACACGGCCUUCGGGUUUUCGCUUUGGUGGCAUUUACUCACUACGUCUAUACGAUGAUUUUUUACAGCAAACGCCCACCAUAAUGGCAGACAUCAAUCCCACGACACUUGCUUCGAACGUCAGCAUUAUAUUUUAUCCACACAACGCACUACGUUUGGAGGCUGCCAUGCAGCGCGCCGCUGCCGAGGAACCGCUACAAACACAAACCACCAUCGAACUAAUACGUCCGGCGACAACAGUCUCGUGGAAUAUGUACAAUGUGCGUGCGGAUAGUGGUCGUAGCACUAUAUCGAUAAUGCGCUCGAUAACGAAAUCGUGGGCAUUGGGUGCCGAACUGUUACUCGAGUGGAACGAUCCACGUUCGCUGAUGACCGAUACAGCGCUCGCAUUGCGCUACUCGAAAUACAAUUAUCAGGUGGCGGCAUCUGCAUCGCGACAAGGUUUGGACUUGAGCUUUUGGCAACGCAUACACCAACGUAUACAAAUGGCGACGAUGUUGGCAUGGCAUCGGAAGACGAAUAUGACGAUCGCCACUAUUUGUUAUCAGUGGGAUUUCGAUGAUGCUGUUGUACGCAGUAUGGUGAAUUCAGAUCUAUCCGUAGGCUUCCAGUAUUAUCGCUCACUUCCGCAUAUACCUUGCGGCAUGGGUUUGAGUGCUUUGAUCAGUUUAUUGAACAAUCGUUUUGCAUUUGGACUCAAAUUUGUGCUGGAUCCCAGCGGGCAACGACGUGGUGAAUAAAAAUUUAAUAUCGAUUAUAUAUAUACUCUUUUUUCAUAAUAAUAAUGAGGUCUGACUGUAUUAAAUUUAUGCAGCUUUUGAGAAUUUCUUAACCCUA